ACUGUCUUUGAAGAUAAGUGUACAAAGCAGUCAUUAACAAUGAAGACAUAACGGAAAGUGGCAUGACAAGCCUCUGAAUAUUACACUCCCUUAAACGCCCUGCCCUCGGUGUGAAUGGGCGGGCUGUGCAGAAUAACACAUAUAGCUCGUCCUCUGGACAACUUAUAUACACACAUAUGUACGAAUCUUUGACAAUCAGGCGGGCGACAGGUGGAAAGAACAGCACCUAACUGCACUCCACGGAGAGUUCGACAUAUUCAGUGACUUCCUUCUUGGGGCAACUUUAGCUACGACCACCAGCCCUAUAUUCUGUUUGUCUGUGGGUUAUCGCAGAUGUCUGUGAUGAUUUAUCCUACAUUUGUCUCUCUCAUCUGGCUGUUUCUCUCUCUUGCAUAUGCUUCAAGAGCGGUAAUAACAAGAUGCGAAAGCGGAGAAGUGGACAGCAGCUUCUGUGAUCCACGUGACAGCAGCGUCAACAUGGCCAACUGCUUCCACGUGCCCAACGAAUGUACAUUCUCCAAUCGCUUCAUUAAACCCCCCGCCGUCUCAUAUGGCCUCGUGCACAUUGACAGCGACAAGUCCCACAACACCCGCAUCAACGUGGACGUGGUGACCUCGUCACGUGGCCUGUCUGUGACGUUCGGAUGCUGGGCGGGCUCGUGGUGUUACAGGGCUCGCAUAUCCUGGAUGGCCUGUGGACUGACCUACGCCUAACCCUUUCCGCCCGUCGUGCUAAAACUUCUGACAACCCGAUGCACACAGCUACCCAAAUAAACUCUGAACUACAAUCUUUACAAGCAAUUUGUCACUGGACUUUGUCACUUAAUACAUCAAAUAAUAAGAGUUCUCGAGAAUAAAAUAAAUUAUUCUUGUUUCUUAUUUUAAUUAAUUCUAUUUUUUUUUUUUAAUCUAGACUGUGAGACAAGACUUUUCCUGCGUUGUGCUUUAUUCAUAUCAUUUUUUACAUGUGAAGCUUAUAAACCAUAAUAUGGGCCUAUAUUUCAUGUGCCACUGUCAACAUUUGUUACUUCUAAUCUUGGAAUAAAAGCUCUUCGGAAUUUUACUG